CUUUUUCCUCGCGCUAGUUUGCAAGGCGUUUUGCAUCCACCAAUGGGCUUUCAGGCUGCAGAUAUUGGGAUGUAAAUGAGCGCAGCGCGUGCUGGCGCAGUGAAAGCGUCGGAUUGUUUAUUGAGCCCCGUGCAGCCACGCGCCUGGCCCGCCGAGCCGCAGCUCAAGAAUCCCGCAGCGGGGCGGAGACUCCCACACGAGCGUGCGUCUUUUUAAGGGGGUGGGGUGUCGGACGCGUGUUGAAAAAGGGCCGAGUGCUGCCAAAGUUUGUAUCAGACCGAGCACUGGUAGGGGGCCAGUAGACACUUGGACGUUUCGACAGUGAGAACUGGCCACACACGCGAAAGACACGCCAAAGUUUUUCGCUGCCACUUUGUUAUUCUUCUUCAUCCUCGGUGGAAUCAUUGUACAGGUCCGUCCUGGCGUACCCCAAGAUCGAGAUGGAGACCAGCAGCAGUAUGCCAACGACACAACUGGCGCAGGGUCAGUGCCACUUCGGACGCGUGGAGAGACGGCAAGAGUGCGCACUCUCCAGCGCGAGCCAGAGUCAGAGCAAGAGCAAAGUGCUGAAGAGACAGCGCUCCAACUCUCCUGAGCUGCUGCGCUGCAAGAGGAGGCUCAGCUUCACCGGCCUGGGCUACAGCAUCCCCCAGCAGCAGCCGGUCGCCGUGGCGCGGCGCAACGAGAGAGAAAGGAACCGGGUCAAGCAAGUAAACAUGGGCUUUCAGACCCUGCGCCAGCACGUCCCGAACGGAGCGGCCAACAAAAAGAUGAGCAAAGUAGAAACCCUGAGGUCGGCGGUGGAGUACAUCCGCGCUCUGCAGCAGCUCCUGGACGAGCACGACGCCAUUUCAGCCGCGUUUCAGUGCGGCGUUCCCUCUCCAACCCUGUCCAACAGCUACUCCGCGGACCCCGAGUCGCCACAUUCGUCUUACUCCUCUGACGACGGGAGUUACGAGCCUCUGAGCUCCGAAGAGCAGGAGCUGCUGGACUUCACCACAUGGUUCAACAGAUACUGAAGAAGUGCAGUGCGCAUUAUCACCAACUCCAGCCGAGCGCACCUGUAUCCCCUGUAUCCAGUCUUCCUGCUGAGCGCAGACUCAAUGCAAACGUCAACAUCAGUCCAGAACCUAACAGCUUUGUAGGUUCAAGGACAAGACAAGACAAGGCAAGGAUUAAAGCGCUGAUGAAGUUCGCAACACCACCGGGGAACCUCUCUCUCUCUCUUUCUCUCUCUCCAUGUAAUGAUUGGAGGAGAAAGGACUAAAACUCGACGUAAAAAUGUUUAAAAGUGCAAUUAUGGACUUUUAUGUUGUGUGUCAUUUCCUAUCCGUUUUUAAUCUACACCAGCCAGUAGAGAUGAAAAGUCAGUGGGACUGUUUUGAUUCAAAAGCGCGCGUUCACGCGGCGCACACGGGAAAAUGCUGCGCAUGCGCAGUGCGAAUGUUGGCAUACUGUUUGAAACGGCUAGCGGCUAGAUUGUAGUACAGAAACUUGCCGUUAUUGUCUAAUGUGUCUCUGCUGAUUUAACUAGUUGCUGACCUGAACGUUUUUAAAAUGGAAACUUGUACUAUAAACUGUAUUGUUUAAAAAAAUGAAGAUUUAUUUUUGUAUGCCGAGCAAAACAAAACAAAAAAAAGUACACUGCCUGUGUGUGACGACGAGCAUGUUGUAAAUGAAUUAGCUGGAAGAUACACUGCGUUGUUGCUUUUAACACUGGAUAGAAUGCGAUAGAACAUAUUACUGACUAGCCAUGAUGCUCCUUGCUAAUGGGCAAAGUGUAUGGAAAGGUUUUUACAAUAUAUGCACUUGUUCUCUCUUUCUGUAGACUAAGAAAAUGUACAUAUAUGUGAUUUAACAGAUAUGCUGUAUUUUGUGUAAAAUGUUUUUUUAUAUAUAUAAAUAAAUUCAGUCUAUUUAUACAUAAGAGCUGCCUCUUUUUACAUCCUGACCUUUGCAACUUCAUCUUCACAGAGAUGUCAGUUCCACACUUUAUUCACAUGUAGACACCUUUCAUUUGCAUUAAUACAAUUAACACCAAGACAUUAUUACGCCUAUUGAUGUGUAUGUAGACUAACAUGGCUUGAUCAAUAUCAGGCAAAGGACUUACUAGAAGAAAGAUGUUGGAACGAUCCAAGAUGAAUUUUCCUCUUGGGUAUAAAGUCAUGCCUCUAGACACUAUGGAGAUGGAUUAUUUUACCCUUCAUGUUGAG